AUGUUGACGGACCAAGGAAAUCAAAGCAUGGUGACAGAAUUCAUCCUGAUCGGAUUCUCCGGCUUCCCAGACUUGCAGGUCCCACUGUUUGUGGUGUUCUCCAUCAUGUACUUGGCGAUUUUGGCUGGAAAUAUCAUUAUAGUCACGACGAUAAGGCUCGAAUCCACUCUCCAUAUCCCCAUGUACUUCUUUCUUUCCGUCCUCUCCAGUUCAGAAGUCUGCUACACAUUUACCAUUGUCCCCAACAUGCUUGCAAAUCUUUUGAAAGAAAAGCCAUCUAUUUCUUUUUUUGGCUGUGCUACUCAGAUUUUUAUGUUUCUGAGCCUUGCAACUAUAAACUGUCUGAUUCUCACGGUGAUGGGGUAUGAUCGAUAUGUGUGCAUAUGUAAACCUUUGCAUUAUCCAGUUCUGAUGAAUCAGAGAUUCUGCACUAAACUGGUUGUUCUUUCAGUGACGAGUGGGUUUGUUGCAUCUAUAGUGGAAACCUAUUUUAUAUUUACCUUGCCAUUCUGUGGGCCAAACAAAAUCCAUCACUUCUUUUGUGACUUAGCACCUUUACGUCAACUGGCCUGUGGCCGAAAUUAUAUAGGGGAAAUUGUCAUUUUUCUUUUUUGUGUUUUGAUCAUAGUCUUCUCUUUCUUUCUGAUUCUUCUGUCGUAUCUUUUAAUCUUAAACACAAUCCUGAAAAUCCCCACCGCAGAGGGGAAGCGCAAGGCCUUUUCAACUUGCGCCUCCCAUCUUAUUGUGGUGGUUGUGCAUUUUGGAUGUGCUUCUGUUAUUUACCUGAGGCCGCAAUCCAGAUACACUUUGAACGAGGACAUGUUUAUCUCGAUCACAUACAUACUGGUGACCCCAUUGCUGAAUCCUGUUGUUUACAGUCUGAGGAACAAGGAUGUCCAAAUAGCACUCAAGAAAUACUUAAGAGGAAGAACACGCUCCCAGAAGAUGUGA